AUGUUACAAGGGAAAUCUCCAUACGAGAUACUAUUUGAGAAGCCUCCUACCUAUGAUUUGCUACGUACGUUCGGUUGCUUGUGUUACGCUCAUCAUCGUGCUUGUGACAAUGACAAGUUUGGUCCUCGCAGCAGAAAAUGUAUUUUUGUGGGAUAUCCAUAUGGCAAGAAAGGUUGGCGUGUCUAUGAUCUUGAAACCGAACAAUUUUUUGUGAGUAGAGAUGUUCAGUUUCAGGAAAACGUGUUCCCAUUUCAUACCAGCAAAAUUGAGCCCUCGCCACCUCUCCAAACCGAAGCUACUGUCGAUGAUGAUUGGGCUGUUCCACCAGCUCUGUUUACUCCCGUUUCACCAAUCUCUCCGGUUAUUGAGCUGGAUCAUGAACGAGAACCAGACCCAGUUGAAUUACCCACACCAACAGAUCCCCUUCCGGAACCUCCAACUGAAAUAAGCUCUCCUGUUGUAGCAUCUCCUGCGACGGAUGUUCCCUCUGAUCAAGAUGAUUCACCUCCUCCGUCUCCUGGCUUGCCUGAACUAUUAGGUCGUGGUCAUCGAUCCAAGAAAACAUCAAUUCUCCUCAAAGACUUUGUCACUCAGAAUGUACACUACUCUCCCUCUCACGCUCUCUCACUCGAACCUACCACAUCAAAGUCUUCCAAAACGGUUUCUGGUAAGACACUAUACCCUCUUACUAAUUAUUUAUCUGACUCUGACUUCACAGCACACCAUAUUGCUUUUAUGGCUGCUGUCUUGGAUAGUGACGAACCAAGACACUUUAAGGAUGCUAUUCGUAUCAAGGAGUGGUGCGAGGCCAUGAAGAAGGAAAUCGAGGCUCUUGAAGGUAAUCAUACAUGGGAUAUUGUUGAUUUGCCUCCCGGGAAAACAGCCAUUGGUAGCAAAUGGGUUUAUAAGCUGAAGUUCAAUUCUGAUGGCUCUUUGGAACGUCACAAAGCUCGUCUUGUUGCUAUGGGAAAUCGUCAACAGGAAAGUGUUGAUUUUAAAGAAACUUUUGCAUCGGUGGCCAAGCUUACCACAGUUCGACAUCUUCUUGCUGUUGCCGCUGCAAAAGAUUGGGAAGUACACCAAAUGGAUGUCCACAAUGCCUUUCUCCAUGGUGAUCUUGAGGAAGAAAUGUACAUGAAACUUCCUCCUGGUUUUCAGUCUUCGGAUCCGAAUAAAGUUUGUCGUCUUCGAAAGUCUCUCUAUGGCCUUAAACAAGCCCCUCGUUGUUGGUUUGCUAAACUCUCUACUGCGUUAAAGGAUUAUGGUUUCAAGCAAGGCUACCCGGACUACUCAUUGUUCUCUUUGAUCCAAGAUGGUACGAUUCUACACGUUCUGGUGUACGUUGAUGAUUUUGUCAUUGCAGGCAAUGAUUUGUCCGUGAUUCAGAAAUUUAAAGAAUAUCUUCAUCAAUGCUUUCAUAUGAAGGAUCUCGGCAAGUUAAAAUAUUUCUUAGGCAUUGAAGUUUCUCGUGGUCCUGAUGGAAUAUGUCUUUCGCAACGAAAGUAUGCUCUCGACAUUAUUGCUGAAGCUGGUUUACUCGGAGCUAAACUUUCUGCGGUUCCUGUCGAGGUUAAUCAUAAGCUUGGUUCUGUUGAUAGCCCUGAACUAAAACGCCCAAAGGAGUAUCGUCGUCUUGUGGAUUCCACUUGUGGCUCAUUGGAAGCUGCACUUCGCGUGGUUCGGUAUCUAAAAGGUUCUCCUGCUCAAGGUAUCCUCCUACGUCGUGAUAGUGAUCUCACAAUUACAGCUUAUUGUGAUUCUGACUAUAACGCAUGCCUAAGUCGAUCACUUUCGGCAUUUAUCGUCUAUUUGGGUGACUCUCCCAUCUCUUGGAGGACAAAGAAGCAAGACACCGAGUCCUGUUCUUCAGCCGAGGCAGAAUAUCGGUCCAUGGCGUACACUCUCCGUGAACUGAAGUGGCUCAAAGCUCUUCUACAUACAUUUGGCUAUGAUCAUCCUCAUCCUAUGCCAUUGUUUUGUGAUAGUCAAGCCGCUUUACACAUUGCAGCCAAUCCAGUAUUUCAUGAACGAACUAAACUUAUUGAAUCUGAUUGUCACCAAGUGCGUGAUGCAGUUCAAGAUGGUCUCAUCGCUACUCAUCACAUCUCCACCAAGGAACAAGUUGCAGAUAUCUUUACCAAAGCUCUAUCUAAAACUUUGUUUGAGAAGCUUGUAUCUAAGUUGGGUGUUCGAAAUAUCCGACCACCAACUUGA